GCGCGAAAUAUUUUCGUUUGAAUAGUGUGUCCCAAAACUCCAGUUUCAUAGCCGUUUUAAACAGAGUUAGAAUUUUGUUCUGAAAUUUCUUUUGAUACGAAUAUUUUUUAUUUACUUCAUAGAUAAAGAAUGGGCCAUCGAUUUCAUCAAAAUUAUACCUUGUCCACUACCCUAUUGGCAACAAUGUAGGGGAGUAUGACACAUAUGACACAUCAUAUAAUCCAGCAAAAGAUUUUGCUUGGUUAUCCUCGUAAAAAAUUGCCUAUUGUCUUCCAGACUCAGAUAAUUUAUGUCACUUGUCGGUGGAGUACGGACAGUAUCAGUGCAGUGCGGUACUACUAUGAUGUAUUUCUUUUUGUUUAAAUAAAAAGUUCCUAAAUUUUUAGAAUUUUUUUUUUCGUUUAACUUGUUUUCUGUCCCAUACUUAUGUUCUUGAUAAACUUAUAUAAUAUAAUAAUAACUUCCGCACAAUCAGUUUACAGCCCAACUCUACAAGAAAAAUACCUAAAAAAGGCAUGACAGGGCCCAAGUUCUGUGACUCUAUCCCCAUUGAGAAUAAUAAAAUUACCAGCUAAAAAUGACAAUGUUUUGGCAUUUCUAGCAAAAUUACUAUAGAACCAAAAUCAAAUUCUUUAAAACUACCGUCGAUAGACAAUCAAAAUUCAUAAUGGGAAAAUCAACGUCCAGUAAAAAUGACAUUUCCAUCACAAAAUCGAAACGGCAAAAAGGCAAAGUUACCAAGAACCCGUUUUUAAACUUCCUAGGACAGUUUAGGACCACAAAAGUCGGCUUGUCGGCACCCAAAAUUGCCCAAUUGGGUGGUCACGCAUGGAGAAGCAUGAGCGAACAGGAAAAAGCUCCAUUUAUCUUGAUGGCCAAGAAUUGCAAAUCAACUCCGAGAACUCAAACUGAAUGGCAUAAGAAAAAAGGACGAAAAUCUAAAAAAAAAAUUGAAGCAGUAGUUGAAGCAAAUAAUAUUGCUGAAGAACCUAAAAUCGUUGAGCUUUCUGCUGAUGAUUCUGCUGCUGAAACCAAACAAAUAUGAUUUUCAUUUAUUGUAAUUUGUGUUUUAAUAUAAAAUGUGAUUUUGCA